UUUCCCUUCAAGUAAAACUAUUUUCCCACACUACACUCUCUUCAUUUCUGCGGCGUCUAGACCCCGCAUUUUCCUUCUCGAUAUUUAUUGCUCUUAUUAUCUUCAUGGAUGAUCAUCUUUAGUUAAUUGCCUUCUACUAUUAUUCAGCUUUUCAAGGUCUAAGUUGUUCAUUUCAGGAGGAAGCACAUUUUGGGGCUAAGGGAUUUAUCUUCAUUUGGAAAAUGAUUACGUAUGAGCAAGAACAUGAUUUUGUUAAGUGGGGUUUGCAACUAUUUAAUAGUGAUCCUUAUGCUAAUUAUGGAUAUGGCGGUGAGCUAACUCAAGAAGAUGGGGAUUAUUACCCUGGAAAUUAUUUCAAGGAGGAGUAUGCUGAAGAAUGUUGCAAUGUAGAAAAUGAUGAGGCUAUCGCGCAUACUCUUCAACUUCAAGAACUGUCACAACUGCAAGUUGUGGGGUCUCCAAACCAAGGGGAGGAAGAAGAAGAAGAAGAAGAAGAAGAAGAAGAGGAGGAGGAGGAGGAGGAGGAGGAAGAAGCAUUGCAAUUGCAAGUGUCUGGUUAUCCACAAGAUUGUAUUGAUCAGUCUGUUGGGGACUUUGGUUCUGGCCAGGAUUGCGGUCAGGAAGAGCAAGAUGAUACAGCACCUUCUAGUUCAUGUUCUAGCCCCGAAGAAAAGUUGUUAUGUGAGGAGGAGGAUUGGUCAUAUAUAUUGGAGCUAACAGAUGAGUAUGCGCUUGAUGGGGAAGUGGGGAAAAGGCUGAAUCAGAUGGUUCCUGUUCCUCAUGUUCCAAAAAUCAAUGGUGAAAUACCCUCAGUUGAUCAAGCAACUUUAGAUCAUCAAAGGCUACUAGAAAGAUUGCAGGUCUAUAAUUUGGUGGAGCUUAAAGUCGAAGGAGAUGGCAACUGUCAGUUCCGUGCUCUAUCUGAUCAAUUUUAUCGAACUCCUGAGCAUCAUGAAUUUGUGCGACAGCAAGUUGUAAAUCAGCUUAAGUCUUAUCCAGAUAUAUAUGAGGGGUAUGUUCCCAUGGCAUAUGGUGACUAUCUGGAGAAGAUGUCCAAGAGUGGUGAAUGGGGUGAUCAUGUCACUUUGCAGGCUGCUGCAGAUACGUAUGGUGUUAAAAUUUUUGUUAUAACAUCUUUCAAGGACACUUGUUACAUUGAGAUUCUUCCCAAUGUUCAAAGGUCAAAACGAGUUAUUUUUUUGAGCUUUUGGGCAGAGGUGCAUUACAACUCAAUAUAUCCAUUUGGAGACGUGCCUGCAUUUGGGACUAAGAAGAAGAAAAGGUGGCGAAUGCUUCGGAACAAGCAGCAUUUGGAGUCACCAGAUGAAUAUCAAUGAACGUGCUAACAGCUUAAACUACCGGGUUUUUUACAUCGCAGCUUGUUGCUUUUGCAAGAAGCUAGCUCAUCUCUCGCGCCAGUUAUUUUUCUACCAUGUUAAAUUCAGUGUUGAUUUUAAGGGACAGACAUCAAACCAAGGGCAGAGACAU